GUGUUUAGCAAGCCCAUUUUAGGCCUUGUUCUUUUUUUUUCAUUUUUCAUUCUCUCUCUCUCUCUUUUAAAAGACUAGAUCAAGAAAGACGAGUAUGCAAUCGCUAGCAAGAAUGUAUGGAGAGACAGCACUUGUAUUAUCUUUGAUAGCUUCAGUUAGUUAUUAUUACCUCUAUCGUGACAAGAGGUUUACUUUAUCAGAAAGAUUGUACUAUUUAGUAUGUAAACGAAAUAUACAAGAAGCCCUAUUAGAACAUGAAUUAUUAAAAGAACCCGAACCCGAUAUUAUCACUGAAAACACUCAAUUUGUCGAAAUCAAUGGUCACCAAAUUCGUAUUGUACAUAUUAUUCAUGAGCUUGGUAGUAAAGUACCUUUGAUUGUGUUUAUUCACGGACUGGGCGGACAAGUGUCACAAUGGAAAUGUCAAAUUGAAUACUUUUCACAGACCGCACACAUCUUGGCUAUUGAUCUGUUAGGUUGUGGUAAAAGUGAAGUGACAAAAGACUGGGAUGCAUAUACAACAGAAUCGCUUGUAGAAGAUGUUAAACAAUUGUUAUUAGAGCGCUAUCAAUACCCAGAAACAGUUAUCAUUGCUCAUUCUUAUGGUUGCUCAGUCGCUGCUUUUGUGGCUGCAUCACCAGAGAUACAGCCCAUCUUCAAGGGACUUGUCUUAAUCUCACCUAAAGAGCAUAUCAGUGAUACACAAAAGAGGAAUCAAAAGAGAUUAAGGUGGAUUCCUGAUUGGCUAUUUAAUUGUGCUCGGACAGCAGACAGAAAAGGUGGUCUAAACUCAAAAAGCGUGGAUCGUUUUUUAGGCACUGAACUAUCAGACCCAGAUAUUCGUAAAAAUCAAUUGAGAUGGAAUCUUCAGAGUAAAACAUCUGUCUAUAAACGAUUUGUUCGAGGUGCUAGUUUCCCUACACCUUCUGUUUACCAAAAGAUCAAAGUGGGAGUUUUGCUGAUUGGUGGAGGACAAGACACAAUCACACCGCCUACAGACAUGAAUGCCAUUCGAAACCAUUUAUUACAAGCCAAUGUGACACAAGCAGAGAAUAUACGUGUGCCUGUACCUUAUGUCAUUCCUGAUGUAGGACAUGUGCCUAUGGUGGUUCAUCCAGAACUAGUCAAUCCUGCCAUUUCUGAUUUCCUUAUCAAAAACUGUGGAUUAAAUACGCUGAGUGGGGCAUGGCAAAUACUUCAUAAAACAAAAGGUGAGAAUAAAUGGGAUUUGAAAAACUAUGCCAAGUGGGUGAGUGUAGCCAAUAUUACCAAAGAGCCCAUAGGACCUUCACUAUUUCGUGCGAUGAAAGUCAUGCGUCAGACAGAUACUUCACAUUGCCCUUCUGCCUUAUUGGCCAAGUAUCCAGAAAUCAGAUUCAUUAUUGAUAUCUCGAACGAUACACCUCCUUAUCGAUCCAGUGAUUUUGAACAUUCACGUAUAGAAUACAUUAAAUUCAAGACAGUCAGCAAGAUUCCACCCACAAGAGAAGAAGUAGCUAAAUUUAAUGAGAUUGCUGCUGCUUGUUGGGACAAGAAUCCCGAGGCUCAAAUUGCAGUCCAUUGUCACUAUGGCUUUAAUCGUACUGGAUUCUUCAUUUGUUGUUACAUGAUAGAAAGACUAGGUGUUUCUGUGCCUGAUGCACUUCGGUAUUUUAAGCAAGUGAGACCCCCAGGCAUAAGGCAUGCUCAUUUUAUUGAUGAACUCUAUCUUCGUUAUGUGUUGAACCAGUGUAAUUAGAUGUACAGAAUAAAGAAAAAAUAAUAGAAUAGAGAAAAUCAUACCGCAAGCAGGAUUUUUGUUGGUAUAUUAGGAGUUGAGGAACAUGUUGCUUAAAAAAUAAGAUUGAGUGUAAGUAAAGUAUGAUCCUUCAUAGACGCAAUUGGCUAUUUUAUUUAGGAGUUUUAUUUUAAAAAGGGUGAUUCAUAUACAUAAAAGUCAGUCAACUGUGUAUAUAGUCCUCCUUCUUUCCUCCUUGAAGA